UUUAGACAACAGCUGCUUCAAUAAUGCAGACUGGUGGUGAAUUGUAAACUGUGCAGCUGUUUCCACAGUAAUUAUUCAUUUUGUCUGUCAUAUCUGUUGGAUCUUUACAGGGUGAAAGAUGACGACGCCUCAAGAAAUCCUUCUGAGGACUUUGGAAGAGUUGGGAAAAGAGGAGUUUGACAAAUUCAAAUGGUACUUGAACCAGGAAGGAGUCUUAGAAGACUUCAAAUCAAUCCCAAAGUCUCGAUUGGAGGAGGCAAACAGGGUCAACACUGUGGAUCAAAUGGUCCAGAUCUAUGGAACUACAAAUGCCAUUAAAGUCACUGAGAAGGUUUUAAUGAAGAUGAAGAAAACUGAACUGGUGAGGAAAAUCUCAAAAACCAUCAAAGAAUGUACAGAGAUUCUGUCCAGGUGUCAAGAUAAGCUCAAGUCUAACCUAAAAAAGAGGUUCCAGUGUGUGUUUGAGGGCAUCGCUAAAGCAGGACAGAAAACCCUUCUGAAUGAGAUCUACACAGAGCUGUACAUCACAGAGGGAGGGACUGCAGAGGUCAGUGAUGAACAUGAGAUCAGACAGAUUGAAGCAGCAUCCAGGAAACCAAACAGAGCAGAAACAACCAUCAGACCAGAAGACAUCUUUAAAGACCCAUCUGGAAAAGACAAACCAAUCAGAACGGUGAUGACACAGGGAGUGGCUGGCAUCGGGAAAACAGUGUUAACACAGAAGUUCGCUCUGGACUGGGCUGAAGGCAAAACCAACCAGGACAUCCAGCUCAUGUUUCCAUUUAUGUUCAGAGAACUGAAUUUACUGACAAAGAGAAAAUUCAGUUUGGUGGAGCUUCUUCAUCACUGUUUCACUGAAACCAAAGCAGCAGGAAUCUGCAGCUUUGAAGACUUCCAGGUUGUGUUGAUCUUUGACGGUCUGGAUGAGUGUCGUCUUCCUCUGGAUUUUGACAACAAUGAGAUCCUGACUGAUGUUACAGAGUCCACCUCAGUGGAUGUGCUGCUGACAAACCUGAUCAGGGGGAAGCUGCUUCCCUCUGCUCGCCUCUGGAUAACCACACGACCUGCAGCAGCCAAUCAGAUCCCUGCUGACUGUGUGGACAUGGUGACGGAGGUCAGAGGGUUCACCGACCCACAGAAGGAGGAGUACUUCAAGAAGAGAUUCACAGAUGAGGAGCAGGCCAGCAGUAUCAUCUCCCACAUGAAGACAUCACAAAUCCUCCACAUAAUGUGCCACAUCCCAGUGUUCUGCUGGAUCACUGCUACAGUUCUGGAGAAGCUGCUGAGAACCAGAGAGAGAGGAGAUCUGCCCAGAACCCUGACUGAGAUGUUCAUCCAACACCUGCUGGUUCAGACCAAAGUCAAGAAGAUCAAGUAUGAUAGAGGAGCUGAGUCAGAUCUAGACAGCAGGAGGAUGAUUGAGUCUCUGGGAAAACUGGCUUUUGAGCAGCUGCAGAAAGGAAAGCUGAUCUUCUAUGAGUCUGACCUGACAGAGUGUGGCAUCGAUAUGGAAGCAGCCUCAGUGUACUCAGGAGUGUUCACACAGAUCUUUAAAGAGGAGAGUGGACUGGACCAGGACAAGGUGUUCUGCUUCGUCCAUCUGAGCGUUCAGGAGUUUCUGGCUGCAGUCUACAUGUUCCACUGUUACACCAACAGGAACCAGAAGGUUCUGGAGGACUUCCUGGGAAAAGACUGGAAAGACAAGAACAGAGACACUCUGGAUGUGUUCAUGAACAGAGUCAUGGAGAAAUCCAGGACUUUCUUCAGGAACACAUCCAGAGUGUCUCUGGAUGUGUUCAUGUACAGAGUCAUGGAGAAAUCCCUCAGCAGUAAAAAUGGUCACCUGGACCUGUUUGUUCGCUUCCUUCAUGGCCUCUGUCUGGAGUCCAACCAGAGACUGUUAGGAGGCCUGCUGGGUUGGACAGAGAACCAUCCAGAAAUGAUCCAGAGAGUCAUCAACAACCUGAAGAAGAUGAACAGUGAAAAAAUGUCUCCAGACAGAAGCAUCAACAUCUUCCACUGUCUGAUGGAGAUGAAGGAUCUCUCAGUACAUCAGCAGAUCCAAGAGUUCCUGACGUCAGAGAACAGAUCAGAGAAGGAACUCUCUGAGAUCCACUGCUCAGCUCUGGCCUACAUGCUGCAGAUGUCAGAGGAGGUUCUGGAUGAGUUGGACCUGAAGAAGUACAACACAUCAUGGGAGGGAAAACAGAGACUGAUUCCAGCUGUGAGGAACUGCAGAAAGGCUGGACUUUCUGACUGUAGACUCUCAGAGAGUCACUGUGAAAUCGUGGCCUCAGCUCUGAAGUCCAACCCCUCCCAUCUGAUAGAACUGGACCUGAGUAGAAACAAAAUCCAGGAUUCAGGAGUGAAGCAUCUUUCUGCUGGACUGCAGAGUCCAAACUGUAAACUAGAGACUCUCAGAUUGGAGGGCUGCAGGUUGUCAAAGAUCAGCUGUGAUUCUCUGGGCUCAGCUCUGAAGUCCAACCCCUCCCAUCUGGAACAUCUGGUCCUGAGUUCCAACAAGCUGCAGGAUUCAGGAGUGAAACAUCUGAGUGGUUUUCUGGAGAGUCCAGACUGCAUCCUGAAGACUCUGGAAUUGAGGAACUGCAGGUUGUCAGAGAUCGGCUGUGAUUCUCUGGUCUCAGCUCUGAAGUCCAACCCCUCCCAUCUGGAACAUCUGGACCUGAGCCGGAACAACCUGAAGGAUUCAGGAGUGAAACAUCUGAGUGGUUUUCUGGAGAGUCCAGACUGCAUCCUGAAGGAUCUGAGAUUGAUGAGCUGCAGGUUGUCAGAGAUCAGCUGUGAUUCUCUGGUCUCAGCUCUGAAGUCCAACCCCUCCCAUCUGGAACAUCUGAACCUGAGUGACAACAACCUGCAGGAUUCAGGAGUGAAACAUCUGAGUGGUUUUCUGGAGAGUCCAGACUGCAUCCUGAAGACUCUGGAAUUGAAGCUCUGCAGUUUGUCAAACAUCAGCUGUGAUUCUCUGGUCUCAGCUCUGAAGUCCAACCCCUCCCAUCUGGAACAUCUGAACCUGAGAGGAAACUACCUGCAGGAUUCAUCAGUGAAACAUCUGUUAGAUCUUAAGGAGAGUCCAGACUGCAUCCUGAAGACUCUGAGAUGGGGGUGGUUCUGAUCAGGACGGUGUUUGUGGUGAGAGGAUGAAGUGUGUCCUGAUGAUCCAGAGGUUGAAGUAGCAGCAGCUGGUGUGUAGAGACUCUGACUGGCCCAUGUUACUGGGAGGUGGACUGGGAACCAGUGUAAAGUGUGUUGUUAUCACUGUGUAGUUUAGUGUUGCAGCUCCACACUGUGAAUGAUGGAGAACUGUAGUUAAUGUUGACAUGAAACGUUGGAGGUUGAUGUCAGGUUGCAGAGUGUGCAGGAAGUUUCAGGAUGUUUGUGUCAGUGCAGGAUUAUAUUUCAGUUGACUUUCUAUUUCCAGCUGCAGUCAAAGUUGUUGAGCUUCUCUACCUGCAACACAUUGAGCUGAUGAGAACAAAGUGUCCUGGAAACAUGUCAGCUGAAGCCUUGGAGCCCAGAGAGACUUUAAUGAAGCACAUUUUACUGGGUUUUGAUCACAUCAUGUUGAGGAGACAAACAGCUCUGAAGAUGAAUCCAGUUUAGUCCUCAAAGGUCCAGAAGCAGCUUGUUGAGCUCAGAGUUCAUAUUUAUUGUCAACAUCCUUUGACCUUUCUGAGCUCCAGUAAAUGUUUCUUCUAGUUUCUCUCUUCUUCACCUUCACUCGGUUCCUCGUGUUCAGAAGCUUCCAGAUCACUGAUAUUCUUUGUUUUCUGAGCUGCUGCUUUCUUUAAAUCCCUCCAAAGAUUUUAACUGGGAUUAAAUCCAGGACUGAGACGAAUCCUUCCAGGACUUUCCAGGAAGGAUUUCUGAAGCAGGCUUUGGUGGACGUUUGCUUUGGAUGCUGGUCCUGCUGAAAGUCCAGUGAGCUUCAGUUUCCUCAGAUUGUUCUUGUAACUGUCCUGGUGUUUGAGAGAAUCCAUGCUGCUGCUCACACGCUCCAGUUUAGCAGCUUCAAAGCCACCAACAGGACUGUUGAUGCUGUUCUUCUGGUCCUUCUGCCUCCAGACGUUCUGCCCAAACAGUCCACUUUAGUCUCAUCAGUCCAUCAGAGUCCCAGAACUUUUUUUUCUUUAAAUAUGUCCUUUUUAUAUUCUUAAUUUUGAAACAGUGUAAAAAUCAGAAGAGUGCCUCAUUCAGAAGAAUGAUGGGUUGAUUAUUUUUUGGGAAAAUGUCUUUUUUAUACAUUUUUAUAAGUUGGUUGUUUCUUUAAAUAUGUCCUUUUUAUAUUCUUUGAUGUUGAACAAUGAAUACUGGUCUGAUAUGAUUCAGGAGGAGAGGAGUGAUUGAUUGUGUUUUUCAAAUGCAUAUUCCUGAACCUUUGUUUUAGAAGUGACCACUAGAGGGCAGCACCUCACUGGGAGCAGUGAGGGCCUUGGUUACCAGAGGGGUCAGUUGGUUAAGGUUUACUAUUACUAUAUAAAUGAGAAUGCUUUCAAGGUUUUGAUUACUGUGAAAUGUAGAUGUUUACAGAAGAGUUUGAUCACCCUGGAAGAUAGGGGAUAACUAAACUAGUCAGUAAUCUGGAGCUAAGAUAGGUUAGUAUUAAAUAAUGCCCGUAGAGGUUCAUUAGCUCUGUAUAUAUUUUGGGGGAAUUUCUUGUAAGUCUGUGCUCAUUGUGCAGAAAUGUACAGUGUGGGUGGCAGAGAAUCUUAGACACUGACACCAGAUUCUCCCAUUUCCCGACCGGAGGCCUGUGCUGAGCGGCGGAUGGAACAAAUACAUUAACAGAAAGUUGAGACUGGGUGAAAGGGCUCAACAGAGAAAGCUGGGGGGUUUGGUUCCUCCGGAGCCUGCAGGGGCCAUGAGGUCGGUGCAUGGGGGAGUGCACAAGUGAGGAGGGGGGAGGAUGUUUGCUGUAAAUCGCAUAUGUAAAUUAAAGUGUGCCGUCAACACGUAUGUAAACAGAAUAUGAUGUCACCACAUAUGCAGAGUCAAGAGAGUUGUGAUGUAUAAAAUGCACCUGUUGGAAGGAAUUUGUGGGAGUUGUUGCGGGGUAGUCACCUGAUGCAACCCAGACAUCAGUCUGAGCAGAAGGGGGGAUUACCACGUAACUUUGGACGGGUGGAUUAACUUGAUCUGCAAAGAAUAACUGUUCUGAUGGAAUUAUGGAUUAAAGGAACGACUCUUUCUGCAUUGUUGGAGGAUUACAGAACUGUGAUCUGGAAACAGCACUGACUGAUGGAACAUUACUGGACUCCAUUAUUUCAAAGGAAUAACACCAGAGUGGAUUACAACAAAGUUUAUUGGCCCAACAACAAAAUUGGAUCAAAAAAAAAAAAAUUGGAGCAGCAGCACAUUUUCAGUUUACCAGUUUUACUGUCUGUUGGUUUGUUUUAAUCAGUUUUCAGUUCAGUAAUUGGGAUCUUCAGCUGAUCAGACCAACAGACACUGAAGGACUCCAACAGCUGUUCACUAAGUAAACGUUUAUUUAUUUAUUGGUGCCAGUUUUAAGGCUUUAAAUGCAGCUUUAGAGUCAAAUAUAAUGUGUGCAGUGAAGCCCAGAAGUUGGUGCAGUUUAUUUGUGUGUGUUGACCAGAGAAGAGACUCAGCAUCCAGUAAAUACUGAAGUGUGUUGUGUUCCUGUAAUGUUGGACAUGAAGGUAAUAAAACUGGUUCACGUUAAUGGAACGUUUAGGGAACUUCAAAGUGAUUAAAACGGGAACGUUGAGGUUCUACGUUGUCAGUAAUCAGCUUUAACUUGAGACUCAAACAGACUCUGAUAGUUCUGAAGUGACAUCAGUUGCAUGAGUUUGUUGAAAAUGGUCUCAUUUGUUGUUGUGAUGUUUGCUGCUGCCUCAUUUUAAAAGCUGAUGAUCCGUGUUGAAGACCAGUUUAGUUCUAGUAUCAGAAGUAAAGAAGGAGAAUAGAAGUGUAGUGCUGCUGCCUCUAAAGAUGAAGGAAGAAGAAAAUAACUGAGUCUUUCAAACACAUCAACAUUUGUACAUUCUUUACAUGGGACAUUUUACAUUUUAUUUUUUACAAUUGUUUAUUUUUAUUUACUGCAUAUUUUUGCUCAUUUCUCUGUUUUUAUGGUGGUGGAAACUGGACUCUUUCUGCUGUAGCGACCGCUUUUCCCCUCAGUGAUAAAUCAAGCAUUUCUAUUCUGUUCUAUUUAUGCCUGGAACUUUAUUUUCCAGCCAUGAAAUAAUAAAAUAAUCACAGAUAAUGGAAAUAUAAACAGCAGAGAAAACCUCUGAGAAGGAUUUCUUGAAAAGGCUGUGAGGGAAAAGCAGCUUUUGACCCUGAAACAUCAGGAUGGACUCUGUAACAUCUGCAUCUGACAGCAUCAAGUCAACCACAGAGAAAAGACUAAAGACAUUUCUGAUUUUUUUUUUCUAGUUUUUCACUUUCAGGGCUUCAGUUCCUUAAACUGCAUUAAACAGCUGAACUCCUCCUCAGUGCUUCCAUGGA